CACCGCACGUCGCCGCAUCAUGCUUGCAAAUCACGAAAAAUAUAUUAAAAAGGAAUCGAAAUGAAAACGGAGAAUAAGAAGAGUCGGAUUGGUAAAUUGCAAUUUGCAGAGAGGAGUCAGCUUGAGAAGACCAGCGCAUCCCCGUUCCAGCUUUGCCCGACUUAUUCCAUCCCCAAGAAACCCAACUUCUUCCGACCCAAUCCCCUCGCCUCUCUCGAUUGAUUCUCUCCAAUUCGGAUUCCACCUGAUCGGAAGAAGGAAACUUCCAUGGCAAACAGCAAUCUUCCUCGAAGAAUUAUCAAGGAGACUCAGCGGCUCCUCAGCGAACCAGCUCCAGGAAUUAGUGCUUCUCCUUCAGAAGAUAACAUGCGAUACUUCAAUGUAAUGAUUCUUGGCCCAACACAAUCUCCUUAUGAAGGUGGUGUCUUCAAGUUGGAAUUGUUUUUACCUGAGGAAUAUCCCAUGGCGCCUCCCAAGGUUCGCUUCUUGACCAAAAUUUAUCACCCUAACAUUGAUAAGCUUGGAAGGAUUUGCCUUGAUAUUCUGAAGGAUAAAUGGAGUCCAGCACUCCAAAUUCGAACGGUUCUGCUGAGCAUCCAAGCUCUCUUGAGUGCUCCUAAUCCUGAUGAUCCGCUUUCUGAGAACAUUGCCAAGCACUGGAAGACAAAUGAAGUUGAAGCUGUUGAAACAGGUACUGCUCGUGAUUGCUUUUAGUUCUCUAUUUUCAUUCAGGUAGCGUCCUUUUAUGCUGAAGCUCUUUUCCAAUUUCGAGCUCACUGAGGAAAAAACCGAGUGAAACAGCCCUACUAAGAUAACAUUGUGAGCAAGAACCUGGAAUGCCCCUAGCCGGGAGCUGCUACUUUGUGUGACAAUGAAGGCUGUACUGAGCGAAACUAAAAUUGGGCUCUCUAGCUGUUGUGCAAGUAAAAACAAACGUUUUACUUCCAUUCUCACUGUGCAUACCACUGUUGAACUGUUUUGCAGCUAAAGAAUGGACCCGUUUGUAUGCAAGUGGAGCAUGAGGGAAUGAAGCUUGAGCCAUCCAGAUGACUUUGCUAUUACAUUUGGUUGAAUGAAUUUGAAAUGUAGUCUGUUGGUACCUAAAUUGGAAACUGGGAUGCUUAAAAUGUAUGCACUGAACACCAUCAGAUGCAUGAAUCCUUUUAGACUUUCAAGUACCGGAAUUGUAACAGUACUAUGUUCUUAAGUAUACUGGGCAGCCUUUGAGACCUGUAUCAUAGCAUCAUCGUAGAUUACGACGAUGAUGCCCCCUUAACAUGUGAUGCCUCCAAAUCGUGCCAAGUCUCUUUUCAAGAACUGUUUGUUGUCCUAAUACUUUCCCAUCUUUGUUCAAUGCAAUCCAAUCCAUCCACCCAGAAAAAUACAGGGUAAUCAAAGUCAACCAAAUAAGGGUGGAGUAGAGAUGUUUUUGGGGCCUCGAAUUGCAGGACCCUGGUCUGUCAAAUCAACUCAAAUACAGAAACAAGAAAUAAUAAAGUAACAUGGUAAUAUGAUCCUAAUACCCUUGCUACUUCGGCACUGCUACGAUUGAAAUAGUUUCAAAGCGUCCUCUUGCGAGCAGCGGAUGUUUGCUUCUUCUUUGAUUCAGCGGCGGGUGCGGUGGAGAGAUGAUGAGCAGGCAGACGCCGUGGUAUCUCAUCUAAACUCUUCCUCUUGCGGGUAGCAGUAGCAGUAGCAGCAGCAGAUUGCACCUCCGAUUCAGCUGGUCUGGAGAUCUCAGACGCAGUAGGCGACUUAGACGCCGCACCAAGGCAAACGGAGCUCUUAGCAGCAGCGGCCGAUUGUUUCUUCGAUUCUGCCACUCCGGUGGCGGAGAGAUGGGCAGGGAAGUCGCCAUUGGAGUUGAGUGUUCGGGCGGGUACAGUUGAAACGGAUUGAGGACGAGAGUCGGCCGGUCCUGUUGAAGCGCUGCCUCCUUUGGAAGAGUGGAAGGUUUGGAUAGAGGUGACGCGGCAUUCUUGCCAGUUCAACUUGUCGAGGUCGUCGACUAAAUCUUCCAGAGUGAUGGACACGGACGGGAAUAUCCCAGAGCCGUGGUGUAUGGUGGAGCGGGAGAGGUCCAUCAGAUCCAGUUCCUCCAAUGCUUCGGUGAGAUUUUUCUUGGGAUUUUCUGUUACUUUCCUGAAACCGUGCAAGCUAAUGAUCUGGUUGAGAUCAGGGACAGGGAGAACGAUUCGGGGAUGGGAGAGGAGGAACUCCAUGUAUCGCUCCAGAGAAAUCUUCUUCCGCGAGGCAUUCUUAGCGCUCCGCAUCUCCUUUCCUUUCCUUUCCUUGGCUUGGUAGCUGCUACUGAUGGCUUUCAAAUUUUCGCUCGCUGUUUCCUCUCUCUUACUUCUCCUUCUCGACUGUUCCCUUUGAAGCUAAUUUAUAGGAAAAUUCAAAUCUC